CUUUCUUUAAUUGCAGUUUUAUUUUUUUUCCCUUCUGUGUUGGGAGCCGAGAGCUGAGUCAGUGUCGCAAUGUCUGGCCGUGGCAAGCAGGGGGGGAAAGCUAGAGCUAAAGCGAAAUCUCGCUCGUCUCGUGCCGGGCUCCAAUUUCCCGUAGGUCGAGUUCACCGCCUCCUUCGCAAAGGAAACUAUGCCGAGCGGGUUGGUGCUGGAGCCCCCGUUUACCUUGCUGCAGUGUUGGAAUAUCUGACAGCUGAAAUUCUGGAGCUGGCUGGCAACGCUGCUCGGGAUAACAAGAAAACUAGAAUAAUCCCUCGUCACCUCCAGUUGGCCGUCCGUAACGACGAGGAGCUCAAUAAACUACUGGGAGGCGUCACUAUUGCCCAGGGAGGAGUCUUGCCCAAUAUCCAAGCUGUGCUACUACCCAAGAAGACCGAGAGCCACAAAGCCAAAGGCAAAUGAAGACGCUAUCCCUGUAACAUCAGUGUAAAAAACACAAAAGGCUCUUUUAAGAGCCACCCACAACAU